AUCAGGGUAGCAUGAAAAAGUCCAAGAAGGGAGACAGGCGGAAAACUGCACGAUACAGUGCCCACAAGCUUUACGAGAAGGGUGUCCUAGUGGAGAUCGAGAAAGUUCCAACUAGUUCCUUCAAAGCAGUUACGAUAGAGUUCUCAUCAACUGAUCAAGUGGGUGUGUUCGAGGUAUCCGGUAAACUGAGUGGUUUCAAUAUCGACAAAUUUAACGUGGUCUUCGAAAACUUGCUACAGCUUCAAUACGAAAGAGUGUCCACGUUAAAGUUCGAGGCCUCCGGGGUGGUAUUCAACGUGAAGCUUCUCAUAUCCUUUCUCAACAAGAAGUUCUACGGAGUCUACCAUGAGCCUACGUGAGCAGACGUGAGCAGACGCGAGUCUCUCAAAUCUACUUGAUUUUUAGUCUAACACAAACUUUAACUCGGUUUUAACAUCAUGAGAGGCAUCAAUAGUAUGACCCAAUCCGAGUUUGAGUUUUGAUAUGUUGAGCUGCAUGCAAGAGACGUCGCCUAUCAGUCAUGGUGCAUAGAGUUUGUUGACAAACGUGCGAUAAUGUGCGAGUUUCAUAGCGUCACAGAUUAAUCAAUUUUAUUUCUCAUUUAACAUUCAACGUCUGAACAUUUUGAUCGACAAUGCGGUCACGGAACAACAA